AGGACAAGCAGUAUGGACCGUGGGGAAACAAGGAUGAACGACGACGUCGAUGGCAAGUCCCAAGAGAACCCCCACAAGGUCUUUGUGGGUGGCAUCUCCUACCGCAUGGAUGAAGGAGGUCUCCGAGAACUGUUUGAGAAGUAUAGCCCGGAUACGGUCGUCAUUCAGCUUGACAAAAUGACGCAGAAGCCUCGUGGCUUUGGCUUCGUAACGUUCAAGGACCGCGAGAGCAUGCUGGAUGCUAUCCGCGACCUCCACAACAAAGACGUGGAUGGCAGGCCUAUUUCCGUCAAAGAAGCCAUUCCACAAGAUCAGAUCAAACCAGGGACUCCAGCCUCAGCGUUGGGCCGCAGUGGGGGCAGGGACGGCGGCGGCCGAUAUGAUCGGGGAUACGACCGCAGGUAUGAUAGCCGCAGCGGAUACGACCGCUAUGGUGGCGGUAGUGGCUACGAACGUGGCGGUUAUGACCGCUACGGCAGCGGCGGCAACUACGGGGACCCCCGGCAGUAUGAGUAUAGCCGUGGAGGCUACAAUGACCGCGGAGGAUAUGGGGGUUACAGUGGGGCUGGCUACGAGCGGGAUCCGUAUUAUCGCGAUCCGUAUGCACGGGACCCUUACAGUUCAACCCCGCAGUAUAGCGGUUAUGAGCACCGCUAUGACAGCCGCUACCAGGGAACCUACGACAGCCGCUACCCCGGUGACUACCCACCCGGUGAUGACCGCUUGCAGCUGUUCCAGGUGUUGGGCUCGAAGACCGCUCCCACAGGGCGUGUGUCCGAGUCGCUUGAUUAUGAGCCUAUACAGAACAAACUCUUUUACGACAGGAUGAAGUCUCGCAAGGAAGGAAAGAAGAAGCUCUAUGGAUAUACGGGCCAUACGCUUGCGAAGAUGCUUGUUACAGCGCUGACAGGUAUCGUCACGGGUUGCUUCGCGGUCGCCCUCACUAAGGCCUGCGGAGCCAUCACCGAAUGGAAGCUUGACAUCCUGCGGGACUCCUACGAAAAGGAGGCACCAGCGCGGACCCUUGUUUCAUUCCUGUGGUUCUGGCUUAUCGGCAGCUGCCUCGUAACCCUGGCGACGGCUCUGGUACAAUAUUGGGCACCUGCAUCCGCUGGAGCAGGGGUGACGCUUGUGAUGGCUUACCUGAAUGGCAACCACGUGCCUAACCUCCUACGUUUCAACACCCUCAUAAGCAAGUUCGUGGGCACAGUCUGCGCUGUGAGCGCCGGCCUCCCCAUGGGACCCGAGGGCCCUAUGGUACACAUUGGCGCAUGCGUAGCUUCCGUCAUCACUUACAUGGAAUGCAAGUGCUUGGAUGGCGGCGCAUUAAGCAUUUUCACGAAUUGUUUUGGAAGGAAACGGGAAUUUAACAUUAAGGAGAAGCUAAAGAUUCUCGAUGAAAUCGUUAGCGAUUCCGACCACCGGGAGUUUGUGUCGGCGGGUGUAUCGGCGGGUAUUUCAGCGGCUUUCGGCGCGCCCAUCGGUGGUGUGCUGUUUUCCAUGGAGGAGGCGUGCAGCUUUUGGUCGCGAAAGACGGCCUGGCGCUGCUUCAUUGCUGCGACGUUAUCCACGUUCACCAUUCAACUGUUGAACAGAAGCGCGCAGCACGGCAUGAUUGCCUUUACGGGGUUGAGGCAGAUGGACAACAAGGACUGGCUGAUGCAGCUGCCCUUCCUUGUAAUCAACUCGGGCAUGGCGGGCCUGUUGGGUGCUGCGUUCAACAGUCUGCGAAUGUGGCUCUGGAAGGUCCGCGCAGUAAAGACGCGCCACCUGCUGCGCAUCCUGGAGGUUAUUGGCCUUGUGUUCCUGGUGUCUCUGGUUGGGCACUUCUUCGGCCGGACAGCCGGCUCGUGCAAGCCAUCCCCGGAGAAGUGGGAGGAGGAGGGCUAUGGCAUCCGGUUCAACUGCAAAGAGGGCGAGUACAACGACCUCGCGACCCUGUUCCUUUCUUCUCAGCACCACACAAUCAUCAAGAUCUUCUCAGUAGGACACGACGACACGCUGCAGGACGGCGACGUGGGUGAUUACAUUCCGCCGUUCAGCAUUGGGGCCCUGGCGUUGUUCACAACCGUCUAUUUGGGUCUCAUGUCCAUCGGUGCUGGCCUGGCCAUACCCGGUGGUCUGUUCAUGCCCUCCAUCCUGCUGGGUGCUUCCUGGGGCUGCUUCUGGGGCCUAAUCCUGCGCCUGUGGCUGCCAAAAUGGAACAUCAUGCCCGGUCUAUAUGCCAUCAUGUCAGCAACGGGAGUGCUUGCUGGCGUGUUCCGCUCUGCCAUCUCACUGGUGGUACUGGUGGUGGAGGGUACUCGCGGUAUUGACUACCUCUUUGGUGUGAUUUUGUCCGUGGUGAUUGCCAACUGGGUCGCGCACCACAUCCACCAUGACGGCGUUUACGAGUCGGAGCUGGAGCGGAUCGGUAAUGUUUAUAUGCUGCGUGACGAGCCGCCGCACCGCCUUUUCACGCUCACCGCCGAGGCUAUUAUGGCGACCGGCGUUUGCGGGUUCAGGACCAUCGAGCCUGUGUCGCGUAUCCUUCAAAUGUUGCGCACGACCACCCACAACGGCUUUCCGGUCUUCGCGGAGGAGGAUCCCGAUGAGGAGGCUAGUGGCACGGUUUCGGAAGUGCCGAGCUCCAAGGCUUUGGUGUCAUAUGGCCUCAGCAGCAGCACGCAGGACAUUAGCGGUACCGCCGCUGCCAAGGUGGACCCCCUCAGCGGUCGCCUAGUGGGUCUCAUCUUGCGCUCUCAGCUCCUGGUCCUGCUGCAGCGGCGGCACUUUUGCGAUGUCACAGGCCGCCCAAUCGGCCGCGACUACAGCGAGCAACAGGAGCUUGAAAUGGAGACGGAGAUGCGUACGUUCUUCCGACGCUACUUCACUCACGCGCGCUACGUCAGCGCUACUGGACAGCCCCUGGACGAGCUUAAGUUGGAUGGUGUGCACGCCGGCUCCACAACGCUUGACCUCAGCAACCUUUAUAUCGACUUGCGGCCGUAUAUGAAUAGGUCCCCACUGACAAUCCGCAAAGACUGCUCCGCAGCCCGCGCGCACCAGGUGUUCAUCAACCUUGGCCUGCGCCACCUGCUGGUGGUGGACGUGCACAACCACGUGGUCGGCAUUAUCACGCGCAAGGACCUGGACCAUGCUGCCGGCCACGGCUGGUGGCGCAUGAGCCACAUGGCCGAGCCGCCGCACAACAAGCUGCUGCGCCACCUGCGCGGCAUUCCGUCUGUUGGAUUCCUAGCGCGCCUCAUUGGCGGCUCCAGCAGCAGUGCCGCGGUCAACUCCAACGAGGGCGGGGCGGCCGGGGGCACGCAGGCGAACGGCGCCGCCAACGGCCACCCAGGGGACGCGGAGCAAGGGUUGGCCCAUGGCCAUGGCCACCGAUAGAAGCGUGCCACGUUACCAGCGCACCUAAGCCAUGUCUGUUCGUCAGCUGUGGCCCUGGCGGAGAGCGAACAUCAAAAGGGCGCGUGCAUGCGCGGAAUGAACCUAAUGUUUAUGCUUGUGGCGUUGUUGUUUUAUAUCCACGCAAGAUGUGGCCACAAGAAGCAUUGCGAUUGAUAUGGGGAGGGCUGUGGCAGCCGCACGAGCAGCCGUCGUUCCGAUGGUUGGAGGAAGUGCUAAGCGCGAGCAUCAACGGGACUUUGGCUAUGCUGACUGCUCCAGGUGUCUGGCUUGGAUGCGUAUAUUUCAGCGUGCGCCCCCAGGUGCGGACGCAUAAAGGUGAUACAAUUCUUAUGCGGCCUCCCUGAUAAAGGGUGUGAUGCCCCAACCGUGUGCGAUAGCGGCACUGAAGGGCUAUGCGGCUUGGUUUACUUAGGGUCUCUCAGGAACAUCGCCAGUAUAGUGUUAACGCGUGGAUCAUAAGAAUGGGUGUCGAGACGAGCAGCCGGUGCCCAUCGUCAUUCUCAUCGUCAUUCGUAGGAUAGAAUGCAUGUGUGCGAGUGCAUCUGUGAUGUCGUGGAGAGG